AUGGACCCUCCCAGGGAUGGCGGUGUUCUCGUGGACCCUCCCAGGGGUGGCGGUGUUCUCAUGGACCCUUCCAGGGACGGCGGCGCCCUAAGGAACCUUCCCAGGGUCGGCGACACUCCCAGGGACCCUCCUAGGAGCAGCAGUGCUCCCAGGAUCUCUCCGGGGGACAGUGAAGCCUCCAUCAACUCUGCCAGGGGAGGCGACGCACCCAGGGAACCUCCAAGGGGCAGUGGAACUCCCAGGGACCCUACCCGGGGCGGCAGCUACCCCAGGGCUCCCCCAGGGGCGGCGGUGAACACUACGGACCCUCCCAUGGGUGGCGGCGCCCCCAGGAAUCCCUCCCAAGAGCAGCGACGCCCUCUCAGACCCUCCUAUGGGCGGCGGCGCUCCCAGGGGCCUUCCCAGCGGCAGCGACGUCGACAAGGGCCCUCUCAAAGGCGGCGGUACCCCCAUGGGUAG